AGCUGUUCUGUUAUUUUCAUGUGGGGGGAAAUUUGUGACAAAUGGUGAAGGUGAAGUGAGAUAUAAUGGAGGUGGCGUGAGGUUAAGAAGCAUUAAGGAUGGGCUGACACUUGAUGAAUUGAGGCUAAUGAUAUCUGAGUGGAUUGGUGGCGAUGGAAGAAAUUAUGACAUUAAGUACACAGUGGCCUUUGAUGAGAAGACAUUGAUUGACCUUCAUGACAAUGCUGAAAUGUAUAACCUCUUUCAAUACAAUGGGAACAGCGGUCAUGUGUAUGUCGCCGAAAAAAAGACAAGUGGGUCCCCAACCAAGGGACAAUGUAGAAAUAACAGAGAGAUUCAUGGGCAUGUCACAGCAAACUGAACUGGAUGCGUCUCCCAUUAGUUUGUGUUGUGAUUAUGGCUGGCUCAGUGAAGAAAAUGCUCGUGAAUGUGACAAUGAUGAAAUAAGUGGGCCCCCUAAUGUGGAUAAAUCUAUCGGAGCUGAAGAUACGGAUGGUAGUGAGAUGGUUCAUGCGGAAUGGAGGGGACUUUUAACAGGAGUGGGCCAACGUUUUCCUAGUGCAGAUGUAUUUCGGGUGUCUGUAUACAAGUUUGCACUUGCAAACAAGUUUGUGGCCAAGUAUAUGAGGAAUAGCAAGGAAUUCAUGUCGAUAAGGUGUAAAGUUGAGGGUUGUCCAUGGAAGCUAUGUGCAAAUCAUGUGGGGAAGAGUUGUGAUGUGCUACGAGUGACGACAUUUAUAAACCGGCAUGUUCAUUCUGCCCAAGAUAGCUUGGACGUGAUGCAUAGUGGAAGAGCUAGUUUGAACUCAUCAAUAAUAAUUGAUGAGAUGAGGGAUCAUGCAGACAAGCGCACUUCUGAGAUAAGGAAGAGGUUGAAACGAGAGUAUGGGAUUGAUCUAACAUAUAAACAGGCUUAUAGAGCAAGAGAGAAGUCACUGGAAGACAUAUAUGGCAGGCCUGAACAAUCAUACAUGCUCAUACCAUGGCUAUGCGAAAGGAUAAAGGAAACAGAUGAAAAAUCAGUGGCUGAAUGGACUGCUAUUGGGAACCGGUUUGAGCGUGUUUUCAUUGCUUACGGGGCAUGCAUUGAGGGUUUUGGGUGGCGCGAGGCAUAUUAUGUAUGUUGA